AUGCUGCCUGGAUUUUCGUUGGUGCAAGAUAACCUCCGAGAUUCAAUGGAGGCACUAGAGUCACUUAGGAAAAACGCAGAUUAUAUAUCCACGAAACUCGAAGCCAAGACUGGCCUGAAGCGGAAGCUAGCCGCUGUGAAGAUAAUCAUUGGAAAGGAAAGCUCAGAUGGACUCGUCACCAGAUUGAAGGAGGCAAUAUCAAUGCUGCACUUAGCCGUACAGGCCUGGGACUUGACUAUCUCGAUAGUGACACCUGAUCUAAUUGCAGCUCAGGUCACCAAAACACUCAACGACCAUUUCGGAAGCUCUAAAUUUGAGAAACAGCCACAGAUCAAGGCCCAAAUGCAAGAUGAAUCUCGCUGCGAUGUCAUAGAGAUUGAUGAAUCUCAACUGUCACGCAUCCCGAAAGACAAUGCAAAGCUCAACAAGAAAUAUACCGCUUCUAGAUUUGGCCGUUUCACCAUGGCCUAUGCCACCACCACUGGUGCGUGGCAGGCCUAUCUUCAACUGCCAAGUUGGCUUUCAUCGUCCGUAUAUGAACUACAAUCGACUCCAACUGGCUAUGGCUGGACGUACAACUAUCGGGUGUACAACAUCGUUUCAUAUGAAUAUGAUGUUAUUCAGAGAAUACAAAAAGGAGAUAGGGCUGGUGUUCUUGAGCUAUUCGGAAACCGGAAAGCAUCUCCGUUCGACAAAGAUGAAUAUGGACACUCGCUUCUGUAUUGGGCUGCGACUAGCAAGAACUUCGACAUGUGCCAGUUGCUACUUAGCUUAGGGCUUCAUGAAGCUUUGCUUGAGAAAGUUGGCGAAACUGCCCAAGCGAGUGCAUUGGCACCGCCAGUGUACGAUCCCGAUCGACACCACUCGGAGAAAAUAUGGCUAAAAAUUGCAGACUUAUUUCAGUCAUAUAUCGACGAGCCAGAGACAAGCAUGGUUCUGCGUAUGUUCGACUAUCACAAUUCCUGCGAUUAUGGAGAUGAGUACGUAAGAAUCUUUCAGCAAAGAUUCUUGCCCAACUUCUAUAAUGGCCCGCUCAUUCAUCGCCUGGAAGCUUUCCGGCUUGGAUCUUUUCACUGUCAAGAUUCAACAACGCCCCCCUACCUCAUCGCACGGGACCUGAAGAUCACCAGCUUCGACGUUAGCGAGUCAAGUCGCACCGGGGUUUCACUCAUGCACUCGGCAGCUGUGGCAUUCGGUAUCCGUUUCGCGGAUGAAGUCCUUCCGUGGAUAAGAGGUUGGGCCAUGUGGACUAUGUCACUCUAUAAUGAGGGAUGGGGCCACUUGGUGCGGGAGGUUGCCUCAGUUGCCAGACAGGAAGAUUUACACACAGUCGAGAUAGUGCAGCCCUGGGACGUGUAUCAGGUUCCAACCUGGAAAGGCACACCGCUGAUCUCAGUUAUUGGCGGAGCCCUUUGCUAUCUGUCACCGGAUGUCAGUUUCUUUCACUGGGACAAUGUUUUCCAGGGACGCAUCCAGAAGUGGGUUUCAAUCUUGCAGGAGAGCGGAGUUGACCUGAUGCUCUAUGGAGAACAAGAGUCCAUCAAUAUUAGCAAACACUUUCGCGCAGCUUUCGAUUCAGACGCAAUCGAGGCAUCGAGGAAUGAAGUACGGAACGUGCUGCCGUCUCGAGCGCGAGACUUACGCUUAUUCGACCAGAGCGUUCAGGUCGCAAGAUGUGGAACAGCAACCAUUGGAUUCCGUACCAGUUCUAAGUUGGNNAAGCCUGCCAAGGGCAUCAGCAACCGAUCCGACUCUUAG